CCCAUCCAUGGCCAAGAUCAAGUGCAUCAAGGCGCGGCAGAUCUUCGACAGCCGCGGCAAUCCCACGGUCGAGGCUGAAGUGACUCUUGACGAUGGGAUCUUCGCUAGAGCCGCUGUGCCCAGCGGUGCAUCCACCGGGGUCUACGAGGCACUCGAGCUGAGAGAUGGCGGGUCUGAUUAUCUUGGAAAGGGUGUUUCCAAGGCUGUUGAGAAUAUCAACUCGAUCAUUGGCCCUGCCCUAGUUGGAAAGGAUCCAACAGAGCAGACAGAAAUUGACAAUUUCAUGGUUCAACAACUUGAUGGAACUGUAAACGAGUGGGGUUGGUGUAAGCAAAAGCUUGGAGCAAAUGCUAUACUUGCCGUGUCCCUUGCGGUCUGCAAAGCCGGGGCUGAUGCUCACAAAAUUCCCCUGUAUAAGCACAUUGCUAACCUUGCCGGUAACAGCAAAUUGGUAUUGCCUCUGCCCGCUUUUAAUGUUAUUAACGGAGGCUCGCAUGCUGGAAACAAACUUGCAAUGCAGGAGUUCAUGAUUUUUCCAGUUGGAGCUGGCUCAUUUAAGGAGGCCAUGAAGAUGGGUGUGGAAGUAUAUCACCAUUUGAAGGCUGUGAUUAAGAAGAAAUACGGUCAGGAUGCAACUAAUGUUGGCGACGAAGGUGGAUUUGCUCCUAAUAUUCAGGAGAACAAGGAGGGUCUAGAGUUGCUCAAAACAGCCAUUGCAAAAGCAGGUUACACUGGCAAAGUUGUUAUUGGAAUGGAUGUUGCUGCAUCUGAGUUCUAUGGAGAAGAUAAAACCUAUGAUUUGAACUUCAAGGAAGAGAACAAUGAUGGAUCUCAGAAGAUCCCUGGAGAUGCUCUCAAAGAUAUGUACAAGUCAUUCGCAAGUGAGUACCCUAUCGUGUCGAUUGAGGAUCCCUUUGACCAGGAUGACUGGGAGCACUACGCAAAGAUGACCUGUGAAAUGGGUGAACAUGUCCAAAUUGUGGGAGAUGAUCUGUUGGUCACCAACCCCAAGAGGGUGGAGAAGGCGAUUAAUGAGAAAAGUUGCAAUGCUCUCCUUCUCAAGGUUAACCAAAUUGGAACUGUUACUGAGAGUAUUGAAGCUGUAAGGAUGUCGAAGAGAGCUGGGUGGGGAGUGAUGGCUAGCCACCGCAGUGGAGAAACAGAAGACACUUUUAUUGCCGACCUUUCUGUGGGUUUGGCUACAGGUCAAAUUAAGACUGGAGCUCCAUGCAGGUCAGAGCGGCUGGCUAAAUACAACCAGCUCUUGCGAAUUGAAGAGGAGCUCGGUGCUGAAGCUGUUUUUGCUGGAGCAAACUUCCGCAAGCCCGUCGAACCCUACUAGAGCAAGAAUGGCAUCCUUAUCAGGGCAGAUCCGGGUGUUUGGCUUGCUUUGUCUGUUCUUGAGCAAUAAUUUUGGUCUUAGGGCGGCUCGAAAAUACAAGGCCUGAACUUUCGUUUGUCUUAAAUAAUCUUUCUUGUUGGAUCUUUUUUGAGCUCGAACGAUAUAAUGAGGAGGAGCCUUAUGUUUUUACUUUAUGGAGGAUUUAUAACUAACGGUCGGCUUUGAGAUCAAUGUUUUCUUUUAUUUUCGCUCUCUUAUGUCAACUCGGAGUUCGUUUCUGGACAGUGAAGUAAGAUCAAGCUCAUGAGUUUAUUAUUAUA